UACGUUCGUUUUGUUUACCAAAUAGUCGUUUAGAUUUCAAUUCGUUUCAAAUCCCGCAAAACGUUAAACUUGCGGACCCAGACUACUAUGUACCCUCUGAAAUAGAUAUUUUGAUCGGAGCGGAUGUGUUCUGGGAUUUAUUACAAGUAGGCUUAAUUCGUUUACCUACCGGGCCUUACCUACAAAACACGCGUUUAGGGUGGGUUAUUUCGGGUACGGUUUUAGGUAAUAAAGUAUUAUCUACUAAUAACCAAACAAGUAGUAAUAAUAAUAUAAUCUACUGUUCAUUGUCAACGUCACUCGAAGGUCAGUUGAAACGUUUUUGGGAACUAGAGGAGGUUGACAGUGGCAAAUCGAGUAAUAAUACUUACACCGAAGACGAUAGGUUGUGUGAAGAUCUAUUUACUUCCACCACCAUACGUGAUUCUGAAGGUAGAUUCGCAGUUCGAAUCCCGUUACGUGAAUCGGCUAACUCGCUUGGCGAUUCGUAUGAGUCAGCGAAGAAUAGGUUUCUUUCCUUAGAAAGGAAGUUAGAUCGUUCGCCGGAACUAAAAGGCAUGUACUCCGAUUUUCUUAAGGAAUACCUAGCAUUGGGGCACAUGACGCGUAUUGAUAGAUACCUACCACCGUACUACUUCUUACCACACCACUGCGUUCAACGGGAAAGUACCACUACAAAGCUUCGCGUAGUUUUCGACGCCGGCGCACAAACAUCGUCAGGAAAGUCGUUGAAUGACCUACAGCUGAUCGGUCCUCCGUUAUUAAACGACUUAGUAGGCAUUCUUCUCCGUUUUCGACAAUAUACUUUCGUUGCAUGCGCUGACGUCGAGAAAAUGUUCCGACAAGUACUCGUGCAGGCCGACCAACGUCAACUUCAGCUCAUUUUAUGGCGGGAUAGUAAACAAGAGCCGUUAGGUAUAUAUCAGUUGAAUACUGUGACCUACGGCACCGCCUCAGCUCCGUACCUCGCGAUGAGGUGUUUACGACAGUUAGCGUUCGAAUGCGAUGACGAACUAGUUUCGUCUAAUAUAUUAAAUUCAUUUUAUUGUGACGAUUUGAUAUUUUCUCAUGAUAAUAAGCAGGAGUUGUUGACGUUGUGUGAAAACAUUAACAAGACCUUACUUUCAGGUUGUUUUCCAUUACGCAAAUGGUCGUUUAAUUUUGAUGUCAGUCCGUCGGAUAGUUGCACAAAAUCAUUAUCACUUGACAAGAACGCGCAAUGUAAAACACUAGGUUUGGUUUGGUGUAAUAGUAGCGAUGAAUUGCAUUUUAAAACUAAUUUAAAUAUCGAUGUUGACGUUUCACAACUAACUAAAAGAAAAAUACUUUCGUUUAUAUCUCAAAUCUAUGACCCGCUGGGGUUAUUAGCCCCGGUUAUAAUUACUACGAAAAUACUUAUACAAAAGUUAUGGCUUUAUAAAAUCGGAUGGGAUGAUCCUGUGUCUCCUGAUUUGGCGUGUUUAUUUAGUAAAAUUGUCAGUUCUUUUCAAUACUUACCUCAAAUACGCGUUCCGCGACACGUUACCACGAAACACGUACAAUACCUACAGUUGCAUAUAUUCACCGAUGCUUCACAGGACGCGUAUGGCGCCUGUGCGUACAUUCGUAGCGUUAGUACAUCUAAUGAAUCCGUCGUUAAAUUGUUGUGCGCGAAAAGUAAGGUCGCACCUCUGAAGCCGGUAAGCAUACCGCGACUCGAGUUGUGUGGCGCGCUAGUAGGCGCGCGUCUUUAUAAGAAGAUUAUUGAAUCCAUUAAUUUAACAUUUAAUAAUACGUAUUUUUGGACAGAUUCAACUAUUGUUUUAGGUUGGUUGCGUACUCACCCUAUUGCGUUGAAAACUUUCGUUCAAAAUAGAGUAGUCGAAAUUAAUGACUUGACUUCUGGUUGUACCUGGUCACAUGUAAGCGGCGUACUUAACCCAGCUGAUAUGUUAACUCGCGGGGUAAACUUACCUGAACUAGUCCACAAGGACUUGUGGUGGAACGGUCCCGGGUUCAUUCUCGACGGUAACUUAGAGAAAUAUAACUUACCUGACAUACCUAGUGACUUACCUGAGUUGAAACCUGACAAAGUAGUUGGUUUACAUGCGUCGUGCAAUUCGUUUCCUUUUGACAAAUUUUCUUCUUUCGUUCGUAUGACACGAUGUGUUGCGUAUAUGUUGCGUUUUAUUCACAACACUCGUCAUAAAACUAAUCACAUACAGGGUGCGUUAUCAGUCGAGGAAUUACGUAGAUCUACUAUUCUACUCGCGAGACUAAGUCAAAUAGAUUCAUUCCCGGAUGAGUAUAAGUCCUUAUCGAUUAAAUCGUCAAAUAUAAAAUAUUCGCGUAAUAUGUCGGGACUUAAUUUAUUUUUCUGUGAUGAUUUGGUUAUUAGAGUGGGAGGUAGGUUGGGUAACUCCGAUGAGUUUACCUACGAUAAAAAGCACCCUAUACUAAUCUGUAGUAAACAUAAGUUUACUUCGCCAUUGACACCGGCACACUUUUUGAUUGGUCGUCCACUCACCACACCAAUCUGCGAGGACAUCACUGACGCUGCCACCUACCGCUUGCCGCGAUAUGACCGGAUCGAACAAAUGCGCCAACAUUUUUGGCAGAGAUGGUCAAAGGAAUUCGUUAGCGAACUACAAACUCGCACUAAGUGGCAGAAGAAUAAAGGCGAUUUGAACGAGAACACACUUGUUCUUAUUAAAGAAGAAAACCAGCCCCCACUGAAGUGGCGACUAGGACGAGUGUUGGCGGUACACACCGGUAAAGAUGGCGUCUCUCGAGUGGCCAAAAUCCGGACAGCUUCGGGGGAAAUCUUACGCAGCUUCAGCAAGAUCUGCCCACUGCCUGUCGACAUCACUCCUACUGAAAACCAAGUUUCCAGGGGGGGAGCAUGUUAACGCCGCGAGCCAGCGACGACGCACCGUGCGGGGGCCGGGGGAAAGGGAUGCCGCGACGCCAGCGCGCUGCAUGCGAGCGGCAGCGGCGACACUCGCCGAUCGCAACGGCCGAGCGCAGUCGUUUUUUUAUUAUUUUUCGUUUUCAUUAAUUAUUGUCAUAUUUUUCGUUUAUUCUUCAAUACAAAAUCACAACCACAA